AUGGGUCAACGAUUAGCAUCAGUGCUGGCGACCUGCUUCAUGAAUUCUUCUGCAGAACUGAAGAACCUGCUGUCGCAUAUACCAAUAAUGUAUUACAGGGAAUACACUAAACAGGUUGAGUACUCAGCAAUAGAUGAGGAAACUUAUCAGAAAUGCAGAUCAGCCACAGCACUUUUACAAAGUAGCAUAAGGCAAAUAAAAGAAGCAAGAGAAAACCUCCAAGAAUUAUAUAACGAGGUUAGAGAUGAGUAUAAAAACUGCAAAAACAAGUCCGAAAGGAAGGAUUUGAUGAUUGAAAUUGAACAAAUAGAGGAAGAAUCGCAGCUACAAUCUGCGAUAGCUGAAGCAAACGACCUAACAUUCAUGCUAACAGCGCGCCUUGAUGAAACAAAAAAUAUGCGCGAAAAUAUGGAAAUCAAACUGGGAUACAUGUCCCUAAAGCCCCAAAGAGACAAUAAUGUCAACAAUGAAGAAAACGAAGAAGGGGAUGGUGAAAUUGAUAAUACAAACGAAAAUUGCGUGAGAGACACCACAAUGCUAUCUUGCUCGCAAGACACAUCAAAUUCAGCAUCCACAUGCAAUAGUGGCACAGCCAAAAGGACGCUGAGGUCAAUAAAACCUCCACAAGCCACACUACCAAAAUUUUACGGGAAUUCUGACGACUUCCCAGAAUACUGGGCCAUUUUUGAAGCCCUUGUCCAUAACAGUGAAGAACUGGACAUUAUGGAAAAGAUACUCCUACUCAAAGAAAGUUUAAAGGGUCGAGCGCAGACAGCCAUCAAAGGGAUAAAACUCAUUCCUGAAAAUUACAAUUGGUUGAUCAAAACUUUACAGGAGAAUUACUCCAAUCACCAGUCUAAUAGAUCACAAAUAGUCAAAAAAUUGGUCAGUAUGAGUGUGGCAAACAAUUCCGCAGACAUCUGCUCUGCAACAUUUGAUCAAAUAAGAAUGCUGACCAACCAAAUGAUUUCUGCAGGAUAUCAUGUAGGGAAAACCUGCGACCCAAUGUGGUGUGAAACAAUCUUAUCUAAAUUCCCUGAAGACAUCAUAAAAUCUGUAUUAGUGGCCAGUCAAUCACAAGACCGGCAAACAGUUGAUGACCUCAUGAAUCUCUUAAAAACAGAGAUCACUGCAAAAGCCUACGUCGAAAGCAGACUUGGCCAUAAACAUAUCAACAAGGCCAUCCCAUCAAAGACCAAUCAUGACAACUUAAGGACUAAUCGUAACUGCUUGUUCUGUCAUAAGGACAAUCAUGUAUCAAUGCAGUGCCGAACGGUCACGGAUCAAAGCAUUCGCCGCAAGAUGCUUAAGGAGCAGAAUCGCUGUUGGAAAUGUUGCUCCCCUAAUCAUAGCAGCUUUGAUUGUCAAAGAUCAGACUGUCUAAAGUGCGGACAAAAACACCAUAUGAGCCUCUGCUUUAAGACAGAGCAACUCAGCCAAAACAACAGCUCGAAACCCAAAUUUGUUCGUGUUGGCCAAAACCAGCAAAGGCAACACAGCUGGCAAAAUAGAGAAGAAAACAAUCGAAAUAUUCCACAAAGGUUCAAACCAAUAAACACUCAGGUGUCUGUGGAACCCCCACAGAUCAAGGAAAACUCCAUUCAGCACAGUCAAACUAGCAAACAACUAAUAUUAAUGACUGCUGAAGGCAAUAUUUGGAAUGCCAGAAAACAGACAUAUGAAAAAGUGCUAUUUUUCUUCGAUUCUGGGGCACAAAAAACAGUAAUCGAAGAAAAUCUUGCACAACAGCUCGGUCUACCCAAGAACACGACCGAAAUCUGCACCAUGUCCGGAAUUGGUGGCCAUAUCGAGUGCUUCGAAAGUCAUAAGGUUCCGGUAAAACUAGGAACUGCUUUCGGAGAAGAAAUUUGCAUGACCAUACAGACCAAACCAGUCAUAACAAACGGAUUCCCUUCAGUGAAAUUGAACACAGAAGAUAUUGAGUUCUUGAAAACAAACACUAUCUGUCUAGCAAAUUCAAAGCUUCGUGGUGAACAUCAAAAUCCACACAUUCUCGUUGGACUGGACUACUACCACGAUUUAGUUACGGAUCCAGCAAACGGAAUCCGAACACCAUCUGGCUUUCAUAUAGCAAAAACGGUUUUUGGACCCACAAUUUAUGGUCGAGGAAUCAGCAAAGUAAGUGAAACCGCUAACACAGUAUGUCACAGCCUGACAGGAAUUUCCGAAAACACGGAACAAGAACUCUUACAAAAAAUGUUUGAGUUGGACGGCCUCGGUAUCAUGCCGGAAGAAACCAGGGAGACGAAAAAGUUCAAAGAUAUUUCGAGGAAUACUCGAAAUUGA